AUGAAGCCUGGUGCUGCCAUAAUGGCAUACAUCUAUGGCAACACUGUUGCUAAGCAGCCAUGCUAUGAAACUGACUUACAGUUAGUGAGGACCAACUGGUAUCCAAAUUCCAAGCGCGGCCCUUUCAAACGCAUCAUUCAUUUGUGUCUGGUUUCAAGGGCUCAGCUUGAAGAUCCCCCCCCAUUAUGUUUAAUCUGUAAACCUUCUUUGAAGAAAACAAUGGCAGUGACUAAGGUGGCAUUGGUUGCUUCAAUGAUAGCUUGCAUGCUGAUAACAUGCUCGUAUGCAGGAUCAACCUUGACAUGUGACCAAAUCACUAUUUGGCUCACUCCAUGCAUAGCUUAUGCAGUGAUGGGAGGGAAUGUGUCAUCGUUGUGUUGUCAAGGUGUACACUCACUGAAUGCAGCCUAUAAGAAUGGAGAAGAUCGAAGAGGAGCAUGCCAAUGUAUUAAGGACAGAGCUGCAUACAUCCCUGGCAUUAACUACCAUCGUGUUAAUAAAAUUCCUGGAAAAUGUGGCACUAAGUGUCCCUACAAAGUUUACCCUUCCACUAACUGUUCUGCGUUAAGUACCUUUAACCAUUUUUCUUUUCAAUUAGGGUUUGGUAUAAGAAAUUCAUAA